GAACCGGGGCGGGGCUGUGUGCCGUGUUCUGAGAGAAGGUGGUGGCAGGAUUCGGGCUGCCAGGGAACGGCGGGUUCGGGUCUGGGGUGGACGCCACUGGCCGGAGCGAGCCGGCCAGAAAACAAGUCCCGUCCAGUCUUCAGGACUGGGCAGCAGCCGGCGGGGCGGAGGCCAGGGUGCGCGGCCCGGAGGACGGAGGCUGGGACUGAGCAAGUGUCCGGGCCAGGGCGCGCCAGAUGAUGGAUCUGUUUGUCCUUCCGUGACGCAAUGCCAUGUAGUCCAACGGCAAGCAUGUAUGGGAUACUGCCAUUGUAGGGAUCCAGGGCCUGGAGACGGCUCUGCUUUGGGGAAUCAGGUGAGGUGACCAAGGAACAAGAAGCAUACCCUCACCAAUGACAUCAUGACAGCAAGAGAGCACAGCCCUCGCCAUGGUGCCAGGGCCCGUGCGAUGCAGCGGGCUUCCACCAUUGACGUGACAGCCGACAUGGUGGGCCUCUCUCUGGCAGGAAACAUCCAAGACCCAGAUGAGCCCAUUUUAGAGUUCAGCUUAGCUUGCAGUGAGCUUCACACUCCAUCGCUAGAUCGAAAACCAAAUAGUUUUGUGGCUGUGAGUGUCACCACCCCUCCACAGGCAUUCUGGACGAAGCACGCGCAGACGGAGAUCAUCGAGGGAACCAACAACCCUAUCUUUCUGAGCAGCAUUGCCUUCUUUCAAGACUCUCUCAUCAAUCAGAUGACCCAGAUCAAGCUGUCAGUGUACGACGUCAAAGACAGAUCUCAGGGAACAAUGUACUUGCUGGGCUCUGGAACAUUCGUGGUCAAAGACCUGCUCCAGGACAGGCAUCACCGAUUGCAUCUGACACUGAGGUCUGCAGAGAGUGACCGAGUCGGUAACAUAACUGUGAUCGGCUGGCAGAUGGAGGAGAAGUCAGACCAGCAGCCCCCUGUGACCCGGUCUCUGGACACUGUCAAUGGCAGGAUGGUUUUGCCCGUUGACGAGAGCUUGACCGAGGCCUUGGGAAUCCGAUCCAAAUAUGCUUCUUUGCGAAAAGACAGCUUACUGAAAGCGGUGUUUGGUGGUGCCAUCUGCCGCAUGUACCGCUUCCCAACCACCGAUGGCAACCACCUACGGAUCCUGGAGCAGAUGGCAGAGAGCGUCCUCUCGCUGCACGUGCCUCGGCAGUUUGUGAAGCUCCUGCUGGAAGAAGAUGCAGCCAGAGUCUGUGAGUUGGAAGAGUUGGGGGAGCUGUCCCCUUGCUGGGAGAGCCUCCGGCGCCAGAUUGUCACCCAGUAUCAGACUAUCAUCCUCACCUACCAGGAGAACCUGACUGACCUCCAUCAGUACAAAGGUCCUUCGUUUAAAGCAAGCAGCUUGAAAGCAGAUAAAAAGUUAGAAUUCGUUCCCACAAACCUGCACAUACAGAGGAUGCGAGUUCAGGACGACGGCGGCUCAGAUCAGAACUACGACGUCGUCACUAUUGGAGCCCCAGCAGCACACUGCCAAGGUUUUAAGUCAGGAGGUCUUCGAAAAAAGCUGCACAAGUUUGAAGAGGCCAAGAAGCACAGUUUUGAGGAGUGUUGUACAUCUUCUACCUGCCAGUCCAUAAUCUACAUACCACAGGAUGUCGUCCGGGCCAAGGAGAUCAUUGCUCAGAUCAACACCCUGAAAACCCAAGUGAGCUACUAUGCAGAACGGCUCUCAAGGGCGGCGAAGGACAGGUCUGCCACUGGCCUUGAGAGGACUCUCGCCAUCUUGGCAGACAAGACUCGGCAGUUGGUGACUGUCUGUGACUGUAAGCUGUUGGCCAACUCCAUCCAUGGGCUGAAUGCAGCACGGCCUGACUACAUCGCUUCCAAGGCCUCCCCUACCUCGACUGAGGAGGAGCAGGUGAUGCUUCGGAAUGACCAGGACACCCUCAUGGCCAGGUGGGCAGGGAGGAGCAGCCGGUCUUCCCUGCAGGUGGACUGGCAUGAGGAAGAGUGGGAGAAAGUGUGGCUGAAUGUGGACAAGAGCCUGGAGUGCAUCAUUCAGCGGGUGGACAAGCUGCUGCAGAAGGAACGUCUGCAUGGGGAGGGCGGCGAGGAUGUUUUCCCCUGUUCAAGCACCUGUUCCAGCAAGAAAGGUAACAGGGACAGCCAAGCCUACUGGAUCAGACCGGAGGACCCCUUCUGUGACGCCCCCUCCUCGACAUGCCCCUCCUCCAUGCCCACUGCUGCAUGCCAUCCUCACUCAAACACACAUUGCAGCCCCCCUCCUGAAGAGUCCAGUCCAGGUGAGUGGAGCGAGGCCCUUUACCCUCUGCUGACCACCCUCACAGACUGUGUGGCCAUGAUGAGCGACAAGGCCAAGGCAGCCAUGGUCUUCCUGCUCAUGCAGGACAGCGCCCCCACAAUCGCCUCUUACCUCAGCCUGCAGUAUCGCCGUGACGUCGUCUUCUGCCAAACCCUGACCGCCCUCAUCUGUGGCUUUAUCAUCAAGCUGAGGAACUGCCUGCACGAUGGUGGCUUCCUACGGCAGCUCUAUACCAUCGGGCUCCUGGCCCAGUUUGAGAGCCUGCUGAGCACCUAUGGAGAGGAGUUGGCCAUGUUGGAGGACAUGAGCCUUGGGAUCAUGGACCUGAGGAAUGUGACCUUUAAAGUCACUCAGGCCACUUCGAAUGCUUCUAGUGACAUGCUGCCAGUCAUCACAGGAAACCGGGAUGGCUUUAACGUGCGGAUUCCUCUGCCAGGCCCACUGUUUGACUCUCUCCCCAGAGAGAUCCAGAGCGGCAUGCUGCUGCGGGUGCAGCCCGUCCUCUUCAACGUGGGCAUCAAUGAGCAACAGACACUGGCCGAGAGGUUUGGAGACACAUCCCUACAAGAAGUCAUCAAUGUGGAGAGCCUGGUGCGGCUGAAUUCCUACUUUGAGCAGUUCAAGGAGGUUUUGCCAGAGGACUGUCUACCUCGAUCUCGGAGUCAGACCUGCCUUCCAGAGCUGCUGCGGUUUCUAGGACAGAAUGUCCAUGCACGCAAGAAUAAGAAUGUGGACAUCCUCUGGCAAGCUGCUGAGGUCUGUCGCCGCCUUAAUGGGGUCCGAUUCACCAGCUGCAAGAGUGCCAAGGACCGCACAGCCAUGUCGGUGACCCUGGAGCAGUGUCUGAUCCUGCAGCAUGAGCACGGCAUGGCCCCGCAGGUCUUCACACAAGCCCUGGAGUGCAUGCGCAGUGAGGGUUGUCGGCGAGAAAACACAAUGAAGAAUGUUGGAAGUCGCAAAUAUGCAUUUAACUCCCUGCAGCUGAAGGCCUUCCCCAAGCAUUACAGGCCUCCAGAAGGGACUUACGGAAAAGUUGAGACAUGAACACACGGUGUCCUCUAAUUAGCUGUCAUGUAAUCAAUGUGGGUCCCUCUAGUGUCACAUACGAUUCUUCAAGAAGACCUGAAGGAUUGGUUUUUAUUUCUGUGUUUUUAAAGACAUGUCACUGGAGAGUCCACGGAGCAUGAUUUUGUGCUGGAAUCUGUAGGGUUACGUGUGGGUCGAUAGCGUGGAUAGCAACAGCCGCCCUCAACCACAGCUUUCAGCUGUAACUGUACAGUUAAUGUCAUAGUUCCUAGAAGAUGCCAGCUAGGUCUCAUACAACUCCAGCAGGCUUUCUCAAAUAGCCACUUAGGCCCUGCUCACCCCCUUUACCUUUCUAUUCAGUAACUCACAAGUGAGCACUGACUUAAAAUCUUCUUUCAAAAAGACUGACUAUAAAGCAGGAAGUACCUAACCUGUGCACUUCAGGUCCCAGGUAGAGCAGCAGGUAGAGCAGCAGGUAGAGCAGCAGGUAGAGCAGCAGGUAGAGCAGCAGGUAGAUGCUGACUCAGCUGGGGGAGAACCUCCAUGCUAUGACAGGCUGGUGCUCGUGGCCCUAAAAGGCCACCAAGCUCUGUGAACCGAAAGUGGAAGGAAAGCUUGGUUGGUCACACCAGGAGCUCACACACCUGGAGCCACACUGUUCCUGCCCCUCACAAGUCAUGGAUGAGUGUCUGCUUAAGAUGUAAAGCCAGUAUUGAGGUCCCUGGACUCUGCCCCCACCCCACCCCCACCCCACCCCACCCCCACCCCACCCCCACCCCACCCCCACCCCACCCCCACCCCACCCCACCCCGGAUGCUCCGUGUAUGUUUAGCCCUACCCCACAGGGUGUUUCUCCCUUUGUUCUCCAGCAGUCAGGACCUUCAAUGUGGCUUGUCAGGUGUCUGGGAUUUAGGGCCAGAGAGACAGUAGAAACUUAGAUAUUUUCAAAGUAGAUGUUCUUCUGGGAGCUUCGUAAUAGUCUUCUAGAAGACCAUAAAUCAUGUUUGAAUGUCUAGAGAAAGCAUCUUAGUUUCUGGUUUGCAAUGAUGGUUACGGUCCCCCUUCUGUUUCACGGCUAUUGAUAAACAGUUGAAACUGUCCCCUACCUUGAGAGUCUGAGAUGAGAUUAUGGAACAGGGAAUGAGGGAUUUUGUAGACACUGUAAUCUGCUCAUCUUUUACAAGGUGACGGUGAGUCUUGUCUGCACGUGGCAGAUUUUUUUCCUUAGAGAUUUAUAUGUUUAUAAGUUCUGUUCACCGUAAUUCUGUUUACAUGUUAUUUAAAAGGCUGUAAAAAGAAAUGUAUAUGAACUGUAUUCGUGACACUGAUACUAAUGACCUGUGACCACCAUGGGAACUCGUAGGCAAGUCUAGGUAGUUUUCUUUUGGCUCCUUUAGAAAAACAGCUAACAGCUUGGAUCUGAGGCAUUUGAGGUAUCAAUAGGACCAGUCUUGGCAAGAGACAGGGAGGGUGCGGGCAUCCCUCUACCCCAGUGUGCAGACAGCCUCCUGUCUCUGGUGCCUGCUGGGAGGAAGAUGUGCCCUGCUAAGGGGUGGUGUGGCUCACUGCCCCACCCUCAAGGCAAGGCACUGUGGAAGGUGAGUGGCUAAGCUCUCUUUACCCAACCCUUCCCUCGGGUCUGCUCUGCUGGUCUCACAUUGUCCUGAAGCCUCAGGCCCUGAUCAAAGAUGGCUGAGUCUCAGUGCGGCGGGCUAAGCCUUUUAACUUGUUGUUGGUUCACUUACUCUUAGCUUUUAGUUUUUGUUCGUUCAUUUUUUUCUUAUUUUGACAUCACUGCCUUUUAAAAAUAUUUCUUCAGAUUUUAGAAUGAAAUGUUUCCCAUGUUCUCCAGCGUUCCUUUCUGUCCACAGGGCAUUUGACUUGUCCACAGGGCAUUUGACCUGUCCACAUUUAUAAAGGGAACAGGCGAAGCUGACUUAUUUGUCAGCUUCUGCAUGUGAAUUCUUGUCUCAGUUUCUGUUUAUAAUAUGAAUCACUGUAAAACUCUAAGACUUGGCUAAUCACGUAAAAGAUUGUGGCUUCAGUGUUUUCUCUGAAGGCAUUGUGACUGGCUUCCAGAGCAUCACACACGCCCCAGAAGGGUCAUCUCGCACAGCACAGGCUCAGCAAGGCCCUGGGCCGCUCACAGGAGGCCGAACUGUUCCCUGUGGGAGGAAAACAGUUCUACAGCUUUCCAGUGAACAGACGUUCCGUCCGGCACCUUUCCCCAUUUAGGAAGGAAUGUGCAGUCUCUGGGCGGUGGGCAUGCCGUGCGGAUCCUGUCAGAGCUCCUGCAGCACAUCUGCCUUUACUGUCCUUUAAGGAUGUAUAAAUGCUGUACAGUGCUGUUGUAUCUCCCGACACGUGUUUUCGCUCAGCUUAGUGCAUUUAAAUACUUGUAUUUAUUUAUUUGUUUGGGACAGUAUUAAUAUAUAUGAACAUAUAGUUACUGUUUUAUAUAUUAUUAGCUUAUUCAAAGCCAUGUAUGCUGUAAAUGUGCUUGUCUUUAGAAUGAUAAAUAAUAAAAACUGACAAGAACAUUGAA